AUGAGCCGCUUCCGUCGAGCGUGGCUGCAUGCUGCCACUUUGGCUGCAGUUCUGGCCGCCGCGAACGCCAACUCCUUGAGCUCGUUAGCAUCCGAGCGUCUGCUUGCUGAAGAGACUGAAGAUGAUGACAAGACGGUGCCUUUUAACUCGUGGAGCAACGUGCCCGACACACUGAGCCACCUGCUGGCCUUUGUGCUCGUAUUGCUGGGCGCUCACCCGCUUGGACUCUUCUUCCCCAAGUACUUCCACCUACCUCUUAUCACCGGGUACUUGGUGGCCGGCAUCCUGUCGGGUCCGUUCCUGGCUAACUUACUGAACGAGGACGUCGUGGAUAUGCUCGGUUCGUACGUCAACGCCUUCGCAUUGAGCUUCAUCUCGUUCCAGGCCGGUCAAGAGAUUUAUCUACCUGAGCUGAGACCUCAGAUCAAGUCGAUUUUGGCGCUACUGUCUGCUUACUACUGCACGGCCAUGAUAUUGGGCACCAGCGUCUUCAUGCUGGCUGCCAGCGCCUUCUUCUACUCAGACUUGGCGAACAGUUGCCAAUUGGGUAUUGCUCUCAUGUUCGCCUCGAUUUCGGUACUCGUUUCACCAUCCACCGUCAUGGCUCUCAAGAUUGAACUCAACAGCGUCGGUCCCUUUACGCACUUGGCACUGGGCACCUGUAUGACUGCAGAGUUCGUCGUGCUCGUGUCUUUCUCCGUCUCGCGUGUCGUCGCUUCCAUUUACUGCGCCAAACUCGACGUGUCCACGGAGAGCAUCGUCUUCACGAUGGGCGUCGUGCUGAUGAACCUAAUACUAGGCGCACUUCUAGGCCUCGUGAUCAUCCUCAUAUUUCAGAUACCGAGUGGGAAACGAGAUGAGGAGGAGUCUGAAGCAUCCGCGCUACCUGCCCAUGGGAUCUCGGUCUCGUCCAGCAGGAGGUCGAGGAUCUCGACCUCACAGUACCACAAGAAGAUGCAGCAACGCGCCGACAGCAGGCAAGAUAUGAGCGACCUCGAGCUGACAAGUGACGAUCCUAGUCAAACCCCGCACCCUCACAACGCUUACGUUGAGGAGACGGAUGCACUAAACGGCCCCCAGUUGUGGACGGAGAGCAAGGCACUCUACCUCAAGGGUUUUAUCUGGCUGCUGAUGGGCUAUCUGUUCUACCUCUUCACCAACACACUCAGUGAGCUCACAACUGCACACUUUGGACUCGUGUGGCAAGUCAAGUUCGAGGCAUUGUUGGUGCUAAUGCUGGCAUCCUGCGCGGCCGGCCACUAUGCCGCUAUCCGUCCGCAAAUGCACGUGAUCCUGGAUACCGUGGCUCCGUACAUGUUCCUGCCAUUCUUCGUCAUGACUGGGGCGUCCUUGCAGCUGGAUAAGGUGUUGGAUGUGCUCCCCUUGAUGAGUUUGUAUCUGGUACUGCGCUACACGGCCAUCUUCCUGGCCAUCUACGGAGGAGGGCGCUUCCUUUUGAAGCUUCCACCACGUCACUACAAACACUUGUGGCUCACGAUGGCUCCUCAAGCUGGUGUGUCACUAGGUUUGGCUGCUGAGGUGAAGGAACUCAUCACCGAUGAGUGGGGGGCCGAGUUUGCAGCGACGAUCGUGGCUGCAGUGGUGAUCAACCAGGUCAUCGGGCCUGUAUUAUGUUCUCUAGGGCUUCGGGGUGCUGGGGAGAGCAUGAUCGAUCGCCAGGCAACAGCAGCAGCCCAGAUCCAGCCUCAGCCAGAGCAGGAGAGAAAUGGCGGCGACUGGGAUGUCGAAGCUGCCAAGGCUUCGGUAGAUCGCGCUGCGUCAUUUCGGAGCCUUAGUCGUCACAACAGCACACAAACGUUAUUCUCUACUCGCAGCGGCAAAGACCCCAGACCGUUGCUUCCUUUCUACCGCGUACAGAGUGCCGUGGUGCUCGGAGACGAUGAAGUGGCGUUCGAAAUUGCACUGGAGCUGUCGCUGUACGGCGCGCGUGUGAACGUCCCGCUACUUGACGAAGCUCGUGCCGAUAAGUGGCGCCGCAUGAAUGAGACCAUUCUACAGCGCACUGCGAAGGGAGAGUUGAUCUCAUUUCAGAACACCAUCCAGGACCGUUACUGUGAAGCUCCUGCAGACUCGGACAUGCAAAAUGCCGAUGUGCUUAUCUUUACGGGCGCUCCGGAGCGUUCACUGGAGCACGCUAAGGUCAUGCAGACGAUGCUGGGUGAGCAUGCUCGUCCUCGGUUGAUUGCCGUGGUGGAUGACUGUGCAGCUGGAGCUCAAUUACGCGAACUUGGCGUGCUAACCGUGCAGCCUUCGAUUGCUCUUGGCAACAUCGUGACGCGACUUGCAUUGCUGGAUGCACCACUCGCUGCCAAUUUGUCAAAGGAGUUGAGCUCUACGAGCAACUUCUCUAUGACCGCGUACUUCCGAGGCGACGCCGAUGGAGAGCGUGACUCGAUCGCCUCGCUUUCCGAGUUACGUCUGCCUACACGUCGCUUGACACUCGGACGCAGUGUCGUCAAUCACCACUCGGUGGACUACGAUCGCCUGGCUGAGGCAUUGGCUGCUGAAAACCUGCCCAUGCCGCCACCUCCGUCGCGUGUGUCCAUGUUCGGCACGUCUGCGGUAGAGUACGAUCCGUUCGCAAUGCGAUCGAGGAAUCUUGGUGCACACGAGCACUUUGUAGUGGAAGAUGAAGGUUUCGACGAUGAUCGCUCCAUCUUCGAGGAGCAGUUUGUGGUGCCGUCGCCGAGCUCCAGUGGCGGAGGUGGACGACGAUCUCUGUCGGGCAGGCUACCACGACGUCGAUCACGCCAUGGCUCGAUUGGCAGCUUCGGCGGAGGCACAGGAUACGUCACGCUACACCGCGGCCAGUCCACUGGCCUUUAG